AUCUUCAUAACAUUUUGUGCUCGCACCAGUGAGGUCGUGUUAUAGUGCUAAUUUAUUUUAUAAACUUAACAGCGUAAAUGUGCUGAUAUUUAAAAGAAAUAUUACGUCAACAGGAACGCAAUUAUGUGGGAUAAAUUGUGCAUAUUUAUUAUAACGACUGCUCUGGUCAAGUCUGAAUACAAAUAUGAGACGAAGUAUUUCAAAGUGCCUCUAGAUCAUUUUGGAUUCCAAAGGAAGGAGACUUUCCAGAUCAAAUACUUAGUGAACGAUGAUUUCUGGGAUAGAGGCUCCGGACCGAUAUUUUUCUAUACUGGAAAUGAGGGCCAAAUUGAACUUUUCGCCCAACACACAGGCUUCAUGUGGGAAGCGGCUGAAGAAUUCAAUGCGAAGCUCGUAUUUGCCGAACACAGGUAUUACGGCACAUCUAUGCCCUUUGGAAAUGCAUCUUUGGACAACAAUAAUAUUGGUUACCUGACAUCGUCGCAGGCGCUCGCAGACUAUGCAGACCUGGUGGACUUUCUUCAGGACCACGCAGUUACUCCCAAGUAUCCUGUUAUUGCCUUUGGUGGCUCAUACGGAGGUAUGCUAGCUGCAUACUUCAGGCAAAAAUAUCCUCACCUCGUGGCAGGUGCCAUUGCUGCUUCAGCUCCUAUCCAUAUGUUCCCGGGCAUGACCCCAUGUGAUGCUUACUACCGUAUCGUAACUUCUGCUUUCAAAAUCGAUGGCAGCCAGCAGUGUAUGUCAAAUAUACAAAACUCCUGGAGUACGAUCAGAAACUUUGCAUCGAACGCCACCAAUGCCGAAUGGCUCCACAAGAACUGGAAUCUCUGUGAUCCCCUGAAGAAUAGUUCAGAUGUGCAACAGUUGCUCGAUUUUCUGCAAUCUGCGUAUCAGACCUUGGCGAUGGUCAAUUACCCUUUCCCUUCGGACUUCCUCGUACCAUUACCUGCAUACCCAGUUAGAGUUGUGUGCCAAUAUCUGAACGAAAAAUUGUAUGGGAAUAAGCUUUUAGAGGGCAUUGGAAAACUAUUAGACACAUUCACGAAUUAUGAUAAAAAAAGCAAAUGCGUUGAUUAUAAGAAAGGAAGUGAUUAUGGAAAUUUAGAUGCCAGUGGAUGGGAUUAUCAGUCAUGUACAGAAAUGGUGAUGCCGAUGUGUACCACGGGCAAACAUGAUAUGUUUGAGCCUCAAGAAUGGAACUUCACGAAAUACUCUGAGGACUGCUACAAGAGAUAUAAUGUGUACCCUUUGCAAGAUGCCGCUAGAGUAACUUACGGAGGCGAUAGACUCCAAGCAGCGUCCAACAUAGUAUACAGCAAUGGUCUCAAAGAUCCUUGGGCUGGAGGCGGUGUUUUCAAUACAGUCAACGAGUCUAUUGAGACUGUGCUCAUUAUCGAUGGUGCCCACCAUUUGGAUUUGAUGCCAAGUAAUCCCGCAGACCCAUCUUCUGUGAAGAUAGCCAGAGAGUUCCAUAAGACACACAUACGUCGAUGGAUCCAGAAAUUUAGAAAAUAAUCACUUACUUUGCUUUUAUAUAAAAACAUGUUUUUAUAAAGAUGGAUUUUAAGG